UCACACACACGGUGCGCGUGAAGGCCUCCAUGGCCGACAGCGCCGGGAAGAUGUCCUGGUCAACGGGUCGGGUCCAUCGAUGAAAUCCACAUUGAGCUGCUUGAUGGAAUGACACCCACGCUCAACAAGCACGGCCUGAGAGGAAUGACACAGACGGUACGGUGCACCACUCAUCCCCUUCUGUGUGUGUUGUGUGCAUCUACCUGUAGCCGCUCGAGUCCGUUGCGCCAUUGGUUGAUACUGAUGUGCUCCGACUGCCCCAAGACGCCGAGUGUGCCGACGAGCUCCAGCUGUGAGAGGGGGCCGGGCUGCCCACCUCCUGCUGCCACGGGGAUGACCGUCAACGACUCGGCCAGGAUGUCGGGCCGUAUCUCCAUGUCGAGGCCCUUGAGGUGCUGUGCCGUCCGCACGAGAGGCCCAAGCACCUCGGCAGAGUCGAACUCGCCAUAGUAGGCCGCCUGCACCGUGCGGAGGGACGGCAGCUGCCAGAGUCUAUCAUGGCGCGGGCAGUGCUUCUCGCUGAGGCCGGUGAUGGAUGUGAGGGCUGAGAGGGUGGGGGGAGGGUCGAGGGGAGGGGGGAGGGUGGGUGGGUUCUCUGCAAUGGCCGUCACUUCGCUCAUCUCGUCCAUGUCGAUGUCUCCUGUGGUAUCACCUUCAUAACCAUAGUCACCUGAAUGUCCAUUCACGCAAAUGUGUACAGACAUCUCUGGACAUUCUCUUCUCAUGGACGCACCUGGUGGGUCAAAGUCGUCAAAUGCGAUGGACUCGAGUGUGCCUCCCCCCGCCUGCGCCGCCCUGCGUCCCUCUGCAUGCCCCUCCACCACUGCCGUGACUUUGUCGUUCAUCGCACGCUGCAGCCCCUUUCCGUAGUCCAUCCGAUCCCUCCAUGCCCAUGCCGACUGGUCGGGCACGUAGCGGAGGCAUCGAACGACAAUGGAUUGGAGCCCCGUCAGCCGCCGGCCCCACUCGAAGGCAUCGCUGAACGACAGGCGGCACCAGAAGCGCCGCUCGGCCGUGCAGUAGGUGUCCAUCACCAAAUGGGUGACCUGCGCGCAGACGUGGCGCCACAGCCGCUGGGGCAGCGCCGCCACCGAAUGGAGGACACGAAUGAGAACACACAACCAAUGAUAACAGGCUGCAUGAACAACACACACAACAAGGCAAUGAUGCAUACGAGUGUGCUUGUGGGGAGCUUUGUGAGUGCAUCUUUCAUCGUACGAUCUGGCUGAAGCGCUGAGCAAAGGCGCCGACAUCCACGCUGUGCUGCGCAUCGUCGGACGUCUGGCCAGCAUCCAUCCCCGCCUCCUCGCUAAAAUCGUCGCGCCGCACCGCGGCCGUUCUCUGCCGUUUCGGUGCGACUUUGCUCAUUUCUUUUUGUGCAAAAAGGCAGCCGCGCGUCAAAAGGCCAUGCUUGCUUGUAAACUUGAAUUCCGGAGGCAUGAAGAACGAAUGCUCAGUGAAAUGAAUUCUCCGUUUGCUUGCUCUUUCGCUGUGUUUGUCUGCUGUGUGUCCAUGGCCACCGAUGGAAAUCGCCCGGCCCUUCCGGUCCGCCAAACAAACAAAUCAAUCAAAGGCAAGCAAUCGUCAGAACCAAGCAUGCACCUCUCGUUGGCACCCUCUCAUGACAGAGUGACUGACUGCAGGUGCUCCGCAUCGUCUCAUUCGCAGUCAGAAGGGCCUCCUCACAGCCAGCCCAACGCGUCACGCCGUGGAUGACCUCACACACGCACGACACCACUAACGCCACCCACACUGAAACACCGCAGCUGAGUGCCGGCGCCCUGUGUGUGUGUCUGUGUCGGCUGUUUUGUGUUGAAUGCAGACUAGGCGUCGUCUGCGGGCGUCAAGUACGGCUCGGGCAGUGGGCGACAGGCUGCAUACGGUGACCACAGAGGCAGAGUGUCAAUCAACAUCCCAUACACUUACUGCCAGUCGUCCAUGUCUGUCUGUUUGUCUGUCUGUCUGUCUGUCUGUGUGUGUGUGUGUGUGUGUGUGUUGAUGAGGCUGACCUCAGUGCUGUGGCUUGUCAUUGACAAGGAGGUCAUGAGCUUGCUGAGGCAACCACAACCGGCUCCUGCCGCCACACGUCCUCCACCCAGAAGCCACGUGCUCAUCGCCCGCUGAUGCUGCGCUGAGCACGAUGACCCGGCUGGCCGCGCGACUGCACCCUCACUGCCGUGAGUCGGUCACGACCGGCAAGUCGGCGAUGCGGAAACUGACCGACAGACGUGACGACGCCAGGCCAUCAGUGCGGCCUCGGUGGUCGGCUGCAGGGCCGCUCCCCGCGGCCCGCCGCGUCAGCACCAGAGCCCCGCCGGCCACCAUCGGUGCAUGCCGCGUCACCGAGCAGAGCGGCGGUCUCGUCGACCGUCCCAUCCUCUCAUCAUCCUCUCAUUUCAUCGAGGGGGCGACCAAGACUCGACAGCUGUGACAGCGUCGCAGAUGGCUGCCCCCCGUUGGCUUCAGCGUCGAACAGGUAUCUGCACAACCAAGGAAGGCACACAGGAAGGAUGAACGCCUCGCAGGUGAGUGUGGAUGUGCCGUGCCCACGUGUUUCAGGUCAUCGCAUCGCUGCUGAUUUGGCUGCACCGCACCUGUAUGGCUGCCAUUGAGCCGGGGGGUCAUCCAGCUGCCUCGGGGGACCGCAGAGAGGCCUCCAUCGAGGGCAGUUCUGCUGUGGGGGCCGAUGCAUCACAGAAGGAAGGCGUAAGUGGAUGAAGCGGUGGGUAGACAAUGAAGGAGCCUGCAUACACACACAGAGCAGUGAUGCAGCUCGUGCGUAGCUGCCCGCCUGGUGCAUUCUGAGCGUGCGCCUUAAGCACCUCGCGUGAAACAACAGAGUGAGCGGACCUCCGGCCUGCCUUUCGUUUUUGGACGUUUGGCGCUGCGGGGCACGUCGUGAGCGAUGGAGGGGAGCCUCUCCAUGCGGGAUCUCCCUUGCCGCCACCCCUUUUGCCUUGCUGUGCCGCAGAAGAUUCUUCCUGCUGUUGCCUCCCAUCCGAUGGCCGCCUCCAGGCAUGUGUGGCACCCUCGUCCUCCACCAUCAGCGCGUGAGGGAGGGCAGCAGCGGCGACUCAGCGGACCUCUCCAGUUAGCAGAAGGACCCCCUCUCGUG